GAGUGCAAUCAAAAAUAAGUUGAUCUGAAAAAUUUAUUUCGCAAUCUCAAAUUCAUUAAAAACAAUGGUAAAUCAUAUGAUUGUUUUAUGAAGAUUCUAGUCAACAUAAUUCAACAGUCAAUCAUGAAAAUCAGCCCAGAAUUUUGCAGCUGAAUUUUCAAAACAACGAAAAAAAACACAUCAAUUGAAUUCAAUUUGGUUUCAAUACAAAAACGAUUGCAAGCACAAAAAUACCAAAGUGCCAAACAACGAAUAUUUUAUUCGUUUAUUCAUCAUUCAUUUAUUGAUCUACCAAAAAUGGACGAAAUGGAAUCAACUGGACUCCCAUUACUAACAAUCGAAUGGGAUAUGAUGAACAAAACAAGAUUUUUCGGUCUGAGUGUUGUUCAUUCCAUUUCAUUGCGAUUUUUUCUAUAUCCAUUAACAGUGAUUAAAACUCGACUUCAGCUCCAAAAAUCUGGCCAAGAAGUGUAUCGAGGUACUGCCGAUGCAUUUCGUCAUAUCGUACGUAAUGAAGGCUUUUUUGCAUUGUACAAAGGAUUCUGGGUGAAUACAAUGCAAGUCGUUUCAGGCUUCGGCUAUAUAUUGACUUAUGAAAAAGCCCGACAUAUACUCUCCAAAAAUGAUAUCAAUGAUAAUAGAAUACGAGGCCUUAUUGCUGGAGGUCUUGGAUCUCUAGUCAGUCAAACUAUAAUUUGUCCAUUCGAUGUAAUUUCACAACAUUUAAUGCUUUGGAAUAAAUCCAAACGGACCAAAAUAUCAUCCGAAUCAUCAUUAUCAUCAAAGAAAUCAUCGUAUCAUUUAAACAUUGAUCCAGAAACAGUUAAACGUAAUGGAUUGACCAAAACAGUAGUCACAGAAUUGUAUCGCUGUGAUGGAGGAUUAAGGGCUUAUUAUCGAGGUUAUCUAUCAUCGGUUGCUACCUAUGUACCAACUAGUGGUUUAUGGUGGAUGUUUUAUCCUGUUUAUUCGGAAUGCUUAGUCUCUCAUCUUCCUCAUAAUACUCCACAUAUGAUAAUACAUUGUACUGCCGGUAGUCUUUCUGGAAUGACCGUCGCAGCUCUUACAAAUCCUUUGGAUGUUCUACGAGCAAACAUUCAGGUUCGACGAAUUAAAUCGAUAGUUGUUGCAGCUCAGCUACUAUGGUCCGAAGAACGAUAUCGGAUAUUCUUCAAAGGUCUCUCAGCUCGUCUUGUUCAUAGUGGGCUUAGUUCUACAUUUAUAGCGGCAGGUUAUGAAACCUUAAAACGACUUAGUUUACAUGAUGAAUUUCGUGAUUCCAUUCGUUGGUGAAGACUCUGGUCAUAUGUUGUUCAUUAUUUGUUGGUGUUUUGUUUUUCUAUCAAAAAAAAAAUUUUAUUUCGUUUUUCCCAUAAUUUAUAACUUAACAUCAAUGUUCAACUACCAAAAAGGUUGCCGACUAUUGUUCUAUUCAUUCAAAUUCUUUAGAUUUUUUUUUCGAAUUCUCUCAUUUCAUAUUCACCUCAGACAAAUGUACUGUGAUUUUAUUUCAUUUUUUUUCAC